AGGUUUGAGUUUUGUCUGGAGCAUCAGGUUUUCCUCUGUCCCCCUCAGGUCCAGGUCUGGUCUCAGAGGCCCCCCCGGCGGGCCGUGGUCCUGACGGGUCACCAUCUGGUCUCUGACCCUGAGGUCCAGCUGUACCAGCAGGUCCUGCAGCAGAUGGACUACGAGGUCCAGCUGUCCAGAUACGCCGAGACCAGCAGCCUCCUCCGAACCGACCACGGUGUGAGGGGGUGGAGCCUGUUGGUGUGUCUUAGUAGUUCAGAGAGAAGCUGUCUCAGGAGAGUCUCCUUCUCUCACCUGCAGCAUCAUCAGACGGUGAACUUGUUGCCCCGGAUCAUCGAGGCGUUCUCUGAUGCAGGCGAAGGGUUGUGUCACUUCUACAGUCAAUCACACCUGACAGGUUCUGAAUUACCCAUGAUGCCACAUGCCUGUGGAUCGACCAAUCAGAAGCUUCAGGUUCCUCAGGACCCAGCGGGAGCCGACAGACACUCACCUGCCGGAGCUCCGCCUCCUGCUCUGGUUGCCAUGGUGAAUACUUACGUACUGGUGACGUCAGUGAAGCCGCUGACUUCCUUCCUGCAUGACAUCAGCGUGGUGACAACCAAUCAGGAGCAGCGGGGACGGCCCAUAAAGCUCAGGAACUUCCUGCUGCAGAGGCUGGGCCCGCCCACUUCCCAUGAUGCCUUGGGGCAAAUAAAGAAGGUGAUAGGUGACGUGUUAUUGGCUGCCCUGUCGACCAAUGAGAAGCAAGAAACUCUCAGCAGGUGUGUGUUGUGUUACCAGCUGCUGACCUUCACUCUGCUCUUCAGUGGCUCCAUCACACCUGUCAUAGUCCAGGUAGAAACCGAUCUGACGUUUUCUUCUCUGAGCCGGGACACGUUUGAUGGACAGAUCACCAAAGACCUGAUCCUGGAGGACACGCUCCACUUCCUGUCCUCAGAGACACAGACGGAGGUGAGACAGUACGGUGGCUGUAGACAGACAGACGGUGUCUGUUUGUCAGAGGAUGAGUUUCUUCUUCUGCUUCAGUUUCAGCGGCAGAUGAAGACGCCUUCAGCUUUUCAGCUGCUGUAUCUCUCCUCCUCCUCCUCUUCUGGUCCUCUCAGGGUCUCAGAUCUUCUGAUCCGGAUCAGCCGAUACUACGAGCUUCAGAGGAACCAGAGCUACAUAACCGAUGAGUCAGAAGAACGGACCAAUCAGGAGCCAGCUCUGUCUUCUUCUCAAGACUUGUCUGAAGGUCCCUGUGUGGACCCCCUCCUCAGACAGAUCUACAGCGACCCCCCCCUCACCCUGACCCCCCCCUUCAGCCCCCGGGUGAAGGAGUACCGGGCCGAGGUGACCUUUGACACGGUGAUGGUUAGGAUCCGCCCACAGCCCGUCAGCUCAGCCUGUCGGGUCCACCUGGACGAGCACCGAGGACCCAGGAUGGCGAACUACCCGGUCGGCCUCGGCAACAGCCGGAUCAGCAUCCUGGUGACGGACGACGACGGCGAGCCGGAGCCCGUCGUCAUGACGAUCUACACCGUCCGCGUCUACCGGGAGAGCCGGCCCAGUCUGCCGAUGUUCGGGGAUCACGUGACCUGCGGCUUCGUGCAGGAUUGUGGUCUUCCGGUCCAGCCUGGUCGGUCUUGUGGUCUCCAGCCUCUCAUCAGGACCCAGAGUUCACUUCAGACCUGCAGUUCAGGACACGUACCAGGUCGGUGGGUGGUUCCGUGUCUCAGCUGUUCUGACAACAGGACGUGUGAUUGGAGGGAGGUUGCUUGGCAACCAGACAGCUGUUAUCACCCGUUGGUGGACCGCCCCCUUCUGCAGGACUGUCUGACGGACAGGAAGGUGUUGUUUAUCGGCGACUCAACCAAUCGUGGGAUGAUGUACUUCCUGAUGGAGCGGGUGAACUCCAGUCUGGAGGACUGGGGGAAGGCUCACGACACGCUGGUCUACAGGAACCUGAACAGGGGCCAGACUCUGGUGAGCUACUCGUAUUAUCCUCAGUUCUGGUUGGAGAAGAACCAGAGGCCCAACUUCAGACAGGCUCUGCUGCAGCUGAUCGACAGGUCUCGACCUCUGGUGAACUCUAACCUGACGGUCCUGGUGGUGGGAGGAGUCCAGUGGCUCAACACCAAUCACCUGAGGACAGUCAGAGAGGUGCUGAACAGAGAGUCCCUCAGUGACGUCCUGGUGCUGGUGAAAUCUUUGGGGAUGGGGUUCCAUCUUCCUGUCGACGGGAUCCGGUCUCUCAGUCUGAAAGAGGUCCAGGAUCUCUACAGAGAGAACCAGAACAUCAUCACCGCAGCAAAGCAUCAUGGGUACGAGGUGAUUGACACCUUCAGCAUCACGAUGGGUCGGUACAAAGAGUUCCUGCAGGGACGAUGUGCCUGCCACUUUCAUGAGGUGGAGAAGUUCUGGUCCUCCGGGCUCUCAGACGACACAACGUCCACAGCCAACACAACCGGAACUGGACCUGAACUAGGUAGCCAAUCAGUUGUGCCAGACACGGACCAGGAGGCGUGGCCUAAAACUUCAUCCUAUCACGUGAGAGGACCAGUGAACCAGGUGUACUCUGAGAUCCUGCUGAGUCGCCUGUGUUCCAAAACCAGAAACUGAACACCUGAGAGAGAGAGAGAGAGAGUGUGUGUGUGUGUGUGUGUGUGUGUGUGUGUGUGUGUGUGUGUGUGUGUGUGUGUGUGUGUGUGGAGGAUCAAUGGAGCUCUGCCGAAGGAUGAAUAGAAGGAGAACUUGUACUUUACUGAUGAUCUUGUGAUUUUCAACGAGUUCUUAAAGUGACAAAAAGACGUUAUGGUCCGAGGUGAAAAGGAACAUCUGAACACAUUUCUCUUCAUUCAUGCUGAUGUUUCAGCUGCUUUGUAAUGAUUCUGUUGUUACUCUAACGUUUAGUAAUUGUUAGUUCUUAAUGCACACAAGUUAGCUUCAAAUGCAUCAGCUGGUUUCUGAUCUGCUGCUAUUAGAAUAAAGUAAUAACUGGAUUUAACUAGUUUCUAAAGCUGACUUGCUAGUUUCAGUGCGCACUAGCUAUAUCUUACACACAAUAACUAGUUUCUGAUGUACUUGUCUUUAUACAUACAAACACAUUUAUGGUGCAUACUAACUAGUUUCUUAUGUGUAGAAACUAGUUAGUAUGCAUACUAACUAGUUUCAUAUGAGUAGUUUCUGGUUUUUGACGCAUAUUAACUAGUUCUUAUGGAUGCUAACUAGCCACUGGUGCCUACUUUGUAGAUUUUGAUCCUUGCUAGCUAUUUCUAAUGCAUUGUAGCUCGUCUGUGAUGCAUACUAACUAGUGUGCUGUGCAUACUAACUAGUUUAUUAUGCAUACUAAUUAGUUUGUGAUGCAUACAUAUUAGUUUGUGAUACACUAACUACUUUUUGUGCACAAUAACUAUAGUCUCUGAUGCAUACUUACUAGGUUUAGUGAACAAUAACUAUAGUCUCUGAUGCAUACUUACUAGGUUUAGUGAACAAUAACUAGUCUCUGAUGCAUACUUACUAGGUUUAGUAAACAAUAACUAGUCUCUGAUGCUGACCUGAUCAGUUUUUCUGUAUCUGCGGUCAGAGGAACAUCCUUAGUAAUAUUAUAGAGGAUUCAUAUUUAUAUAUAUUUAUAUAUAUCAUAUUUAAUCACUUUGUCUUUUCCUGCCUCUUCCAUAUGUAGUUAUAUGUAUAAACCUCAGUUAUUGACUUUAUUUUGUAUAUCAGAUAAUAUUCAGAACCAAAGAAAUGUCUUAUUGAUUCUCUGCUUAUGUUUCUAUAUUUUUCUACUGAUGUAUAUCGUGCCUUUAUCUCUAAACAUGUUUACAUGCUUUAUAUGAAUGUUGUGAUUCUCAUCUUUAAAAUAUGAAAAUGAGAAUUUAUCAAUAACAAAAGGAUUUAUUUUACUAUAUUUUUGACAAAACU